CUGAUCCUGAAGCAGCAGCAGAACCGGGUCCUGCAGAACAGAACCGUCCCGGGAUGGAGGUUCCCGGGACCUGACAGGUGUAGCUGGUACCGAGCCGGUUCUGAGCGGUGCGGAUCUGGGCCGACAGGGAUGGGUUCGGGGAGGUAAACCCGGUACCAGAGACCUGGUCCCACUGGUUCCACUGGUUCCGACCCACCAGGAUGAGCAGGGAGAACAAGAACAAGAGGAAGAUGAAGGACGAGCAGGACGGUCCGGACCGGGACCGGGACCAGAAGGAUUUUGCCGCUCCGCCUCCCCUGCUCUUCAGGAAGCUGAGUAAUCCCGACCUGUUGCCCGCGGCAACCAGCGCCACCAAGACCAAGCUGCAGCGCCAGCUGAGCCAGGACGAGGCCCGGGCCCGGCGGACCGGCCUGAGCAUGACCGGUAAACAGCUGCUGCCUCUGUCCAGCAGUCUGCACACCGGGGUCAGCCAGCUGGGCUGGCAGGGCCCGCCCGGAGACCCGGCGGGGCUCGGGGCCGGGGCGGGGACGUCCGCCGGAGACGCCAACAACCUGGUCCGGAUGAGGAACCAGGCCCUGGGACAGUCGGCACCGUCGCUCACCGCUCUGAAGGAGCUGAGUCUUCCCAGAAGAGGCAGCUUCUGUCGAGCCAGCAACAGGAAGAGCCUGAUCGUGACGUCCAGCACCUCCCCCACCCUGCCGAGGCCGCACUCACCUCUGCAUGGACACACAGGUACCAGCCCCCUGGACAGUCCCCGCAACUUCUCCCCCAACGCCGCCGCACACUUCUCCUUCAUCCCGGCCCGCAGUCACGGACACCGGGCCGACAGGACGGAUGGCCGACGCUGGUCUCUGGCCUCCCUACCUUCCUCCGGGUAUGGAACCAACACCCCCAGCUCCACCGUCUCGUCCUCCUGUUCAUCCCAGGAGAAGCUGCACCAGCUGCCCUUCCAGCCGACUCCUGACGAGCUGCACUUCCUCACCAAGCAUUUCAGCUCAGAGAGCAUCACGGAUGAGGAGGGCCGCCACUCCCCCGCCAUGAGGCCGCGCUCCCGCUCACUCAGCCCCGGUCGUUCCCCCGUCUCCUUCGACCACGAGAUCAUGAUGAUGAACCACGUCUACAAGGAACGGUUCCCCAAGGCGACGGCCCAGAUGGAGGAGCGUCUCUCCGAGCUCCUGGCCUCCUCGGCCCCGGAGAAAGUCCUGGCCGACGGCGUCCUGAGCUUCAUCCACCACCAGCUCAUCGAGCUGUCCCGGGACUGUCUGGACAAGAGCCGGGACGACCAGAUCACCUCCCGAUACUUCUACGAGCUGCAGGAGAGCCUGGAGAAGCUGCUGCAGGACGCCCACGAGCGUUCCGAGAGCGUGGAGUUGACCUUCGUCACGCAGCUCGUCAGGAAACUGAUGAUCAUCAUCGCCAGACCGGCGCGGCUGCUGGAGUGUCUGGAGUUUGACCCGGAGGAGUUCUACCACCUGCUGGAGGCGGCCGAGGGUCACGCUAAGGAAGGCCAGGGAAUCAAGUCUGACAUCCCGCGCUACAUCAUCAGCCAGCUGGGCCUCACCAGGGACCCCCUGGAGGAAAUGACCCAGCUGAGCAGCUACGACAGUGGGAACCCAGAAACCCCGGAAACCGACGACUCUGUGGACGGCCGAGGAACCGCGGUUCCUGCAGCCGCCCAGACCAAACCCAAAACCCCGCGAGAGGAAGACUUUGAGAACAUCAAGCUCAUCAGCAACGGAGCCUACGGGGCUGUGUACCUCGUACGUCACAAGGAAACCCGGCAGCGAUUCGCCAUGAAGAAGAUCAACAAGCAGAACCUGAUCCUGAGGAACCAGAUCCAGCAGGCCUUCGUGGAGCGGGACAUCCUGACGUUUGCAGAGAACCCGUUCGUGGUGUCCAUGUUCUGCUCGUUUGAGACCCGGAGACACCUCUGCAUGGUGAUGGAGUACGUGGAGGGGGGAGACUGCGCCACGCUGCUGAAGAACAUCGGAGCGCUGCCCGUCGACAUGGCCCGGAUGUAUUUCGCUGAGACGGUGCUGGCGCUGGAAUACCUGCACAACUACGGCAUCGUCCACAGAGACCUCAAACCAGACAAUCUCCUCAUCACGUCCCUGGGACACAUCAAGCUGACCGACUUUGGCCUCUCCAAGAUCGGUUUGAUGAGUUUAACCACGAACCUGUACGAAGGACACAUCGAGAAGGACACCAGAGAGUUCCUGGACAAGCAGGUGUGCGGGACUCCGGAGUACAUCGCCCCCGAGGUGAUCCUGCGUCAGGGCUACGGGAAGCCGGUGGACUGGUGGGCCAUGGGCGUCAUCCUGUACGAGUUCCUGGUGGGCUGCGCUCCGUUCUUCGGAGACACGCCGGAGGAACUGUUCGGCCAGGUCAUCAGCGAUGAGAUCGCGUGGCCGGAGGACGACAACGCUCUUCCUCAGGACGCCCAGGACCUGAUCUCCAAACUGCUCCGGCAGAACCCUCUGGAACGGCUGGGAACAGGAAGUGCCUACGAGGUGAAGCAGCACUCGUUCUUCACAGACCUGGACUGGAACGGGCUGCUGAGGCAGAAAGCCGAGUUCAUCCCCCAGCUGGAGUCGGAGGACGACACCAGCUACUUCGACACCCGGUCCGAUCGGUACCACCACCUGGACUCGGAGGACGAGGACGACACCAACGACGAGGAGCACGUGGAGAUCCGGCAGUUCUCGUCCUGCUCGCCGCGAUUCAACAAGGUGUACAGCAGCAUGGAGCGUCUGUCUCUGCACGAGGAGAAGAGGACGCCCCCGCCCACCAAACGCAGCCUGAGCGAGGAGGCCGGAGACCGCCUGGACGGGCUCGGGGGCCUCGGGGGCCUCAAGUCCAGGGACCGGUCCUGGCUGGUGGGAUCCCCGGAGAUCCUCCGGAAGCGUCUGUCGGUGUCGGAGUCGUCCCACACGGAGAGCGACUCCAGCCCCCCCCUGACGGUCCGGCGCCGCUGCUGCUCCGCCAUCAUCGAGAUGCCGCGCUUCGCCAUCUCCUCCGAGGAGGAGGGGGGACCAGGAGCCGCCGGCAGCAGGAAGAGUCCGGGUCUGGGGGGUCCGAGGGGCCCGCGGGGCGACGAGCUCCCCGUCUCCAUCCCAGAACUCCCGCUGGAGCGGGAACUGAAGAUGGACGAGUCUCCGGCCACGCCGAGCUCCGGCAGCAGCAAGAACACGCCCACAGCCGGCAGCUCCGGCGACGGCGGCAACGUGGCCGCGAGCGGCGCCACCGCCGGGUCUCCGUCGACUCCCAAGGCGAUCAGCGACCUGGCGGCUCGCCGGGCUCGACACCGCCUGCUGUCCGGAGACUCGGACAAACACACGACCUCCAGGCCGCUCAACAAGGUCAUCAAGUCGGCAUCGGCCACCACGCUGUCGCUCAUGAUCCCUGCAGACCACCACGGGGCGUCCCCCCUGGCCAGCCCCAUGUCUCCCCACUCGCUGUCGUCCAACCCGUCCUCGCGGGACUCGUCCCCGAGCCGAGACCUGUCUCCCGCCGUGACCAACGUCAAGCCCGCCAUCGUCAUCCACCGCGCGGGGAAGAAGUACGGCUUCACCCUGAGGGCCAUCCGGGUGUACAUGGGCGACUCGGACAUCUACACGGUGCACCACAUGGUCUGGCAUGUGGAGGACAGGGGCCCGGCCCACGAGGCGGGUCUCCGGGAGGGAGACCUGAUCACCCACGUGAAUGGGGAGGCGGUGCACGGUCUGGUCCACACCGAGGUGGUGGAGCUCAUCCUGAAGAGCGGAACCAAAGUUUCCAUCUCCGCCACGCCGUUCGAAAACACGUCAAUCAAAGUCGGCCCCGCCCGCAAGACGGGACACAAGUCCAAGAUGGCGAGACGCAACAAGAAGUCCCGGAACAAGGACGGGCAGGACAGUAAGAAGAGGCCGUCCCUGUUCCGGAGGAUCACCAAACAGGCCUCUCUGCUCCACACCAGCCGGUCUCUGUCCUCCCUGAACCGGUCCCUGUCGUCGGGGGAGAGCGGCCCCGGGUCCCCGACCCACAACCUUUCACCACGGAGCCCCACGCAGGGAUACCGGGCCCUGCCGGACCCCGCCCACUCAGUGGGCGGCACCUCGUCCCAGAGCAGCUCCCCCAGCUCCAGCACCCCCAACAGCCCGGCCAGCGGGGGCCACAUCCGGCCCAGUUCCCUGCAGGGCCUGGCCCCCAAGCUGCAGCGCCAGUACCGCUCCCCCCGCCGCAAGUCUGCCAGCAACAUCCCGCUGUCGCCGCUGGCGCGCACGCCCUCCCCGACACCGCAGAGCAGCUCCCCGCAGCGCUCGCCCUCGCCGCUGCCGGGCCACGCCCCCGUCAAGCUGCACUCCUCCCCCCCGCUGGCCCGCCAGGUGGCCCGGCCCAAGAGCGCCGAGCCGCCGCGCUCCCCGCUGCUCAAGAGGGUGCAGUCCGCCGAGAAGCUGGCCGCCUCGCUGACGGGCCCGGCGCCGCCCUCCGCCGGGGGGGGCGGGGCCUCGGUCGGGGGCGGAGCCUCGGUCGGGGGCGGAGCCUCAGCUGUGGGCGGGGCCGGGCCGGGCCGCAAACACGGCCUGGACGUCUCGCACUCGGACUUCAAGAAGGAGAUUCUGCAGCGGGAGCCGGGUCUCCAGAGCCUCCAGGAGUCGGCCAGCGAGGGUCUGCUGCAGAAACACCCCCCGUCCUCCAGGAAGCUGGGCCGGCAGGAGGGGGACGGCGGCCUGGGCCCGGUGUUCCCCACGGGGGGGAAGACCCGGCUGAAGGACAAGCUGUCGGCCAUCCGGCAGGACCGCGCCGAGCGCCGCGAGUCGCUGCAGAAGCAGGACGCCAUCCACGAGGUGGACUCGUCGGAGGACGAGACGGACGAGGGCUCGGAGGACAGCCAGGACGGGCGGCGGGGGGCCCCCUUCAUGCCCCCGCCCCUGCUGAGGCCCACCACGGUGAGGACGGGCCCCGGGGGGACGCUGCCCUCCGCAUGCCACGCCAGCUUCGCCGCCGCCGCGGGGGGGCGGCCCGGGCCCAGCCCCGCCCUCGCCGCAUCCAAGACCAAGGACCUGGUCCAACCCGGUCCGGCCCCGCCCCUUUUCUCCACCCCAGGAAGUGCUUUCAUCUCCGUCAGCAAAGACUCGUUCCCCAAGCCGGCCCCUCCCCCGCCCAAGACUCUUAAAGGGACGGAACCCCCGAGAGCCGCCGCCCCGACGCCCUCCGGUUCCUCCGGUCCCUCCGGUUCCUCCGGGUCCUCCGACCCCCAGGAAACGCCCCGCCCCUCCUGCCAUUCGCCGGGCGUCCCCAAGCAGAAGAAGGAGGCCGACAACCGGAGGCUCUGCGCCGAGGACGGAGCCGUUUCCCAGCAUGCAACGGUCACCAAGAGCGUCCUGGGUCCCGUCAAGCUCUGCACCUCUGCAGACGUGAGCCCCAAAGAGCAGAAACCACCCGGUGGAGGGUCCCAGGUCCCGGCCCCGGCCCCGGUCGCCCCGCCAUCCCCUCACCUGUCCUCCGGCGGGCAGAAUCUUGAAUGUGGCGCCUCGCUGAGCAAACCGCUGACGUCCCGCGUCCCAGAGAGACCCUCGCCAGGUGCACCUGCACCUGCACCUGCUCUUGCAGCUGCUCCUGCACCUGCUCCUGCAGCCGGUGCACCGCCCAUCCCCCGCACCAACCCACCCAGCUCUGCAGCGGUGGAGCCACAACGGCGGAGGUCCGACCCCCCGACGGCAGCGGCUGCCCCGCCCGCUAACGCCCCGCCCACUAACGCCACGCCCACUAACGCCCCGCCCCCUCCCCAACAAGGCAAAGGAACCAGCAAGAAGACGUAGCAGCAGACGAGCAGCAUUACAGGAUUACAAUAAUGUAGGUGUUUGGGGUUUAGGAUUCACACGGACAUGUUGCAUGAUGGGAAGGCGACGCGUCGGCCGCUCGCAGAGUUCGGAGUUGGGACUGCAGACGAGCCGACGGACGCGUGAAUCGUAGCUGCAUUCCAGCUGUUCUGUGCUUUUUCAUGUUUCUGCUGAUCCGCUUUUAGUUUUAAACUCGAGGAGUUUCCCCAACGUGCGAGGGGUUUGCACUGAAGCAUGCUGGUCCGUGGACACGCCCACCUGCGUAGACCCAGAGAGACACUCGGAGGGGGCUGGAGGGGGGACUGCAGCUGCAGCUGCUCCUGCAGCUGCAGCUGCCUUUGCACCUGCAGCUUUUCCUGCAGCAGCUGCUCCUGCACCUGCAGCAGCAGGUGCACCUGUAGCUGCAGCUGCUCCUGCGGUGGAUCAAACUUACUCCUCAUUUGCAGCUGCAGAACUUCUUUCCGAGACGUUUCCGGUCCAGAUGUUGGUUCCAGCUGCCGGUUCUUUUCCUUUCCGACCUCAAACGUUGAUUUUUACUCACCUGAAUCUGAGACAGCUGGGGCCUUAAUAGUGCCGACCCGACUCACGACGGGUCGGUGUCGGUACCCCAGUACCCCGGUAUCACGUCCGACUGGAUUUUUGGUUUUUCCCCCCGAAACUUGAGGUUAAGAUCAGAAUUACGAAAUUUUUUCUGAAUUUUGUCUUUUUCUAAAAAGAGUCGCACGUUUUGGGUCACGAUUUCUUUUUUACGAAUUGUAAAAUUCCGGAAAAAUUUCCCUCAAAAUCCCUUUUUUAAAUCCGACCUUAAACCCAAACUGUCAAAGGUCCGAACGCUCGGGUUAGCAGAAAUCACCUGGAGAGGUUUAUUGAUCUAUUGAUCAUUAAGUUCUGCAGCUGCAAGCGAUGAUGUCACGUCUAAACCACCGUGUCCCAGAGUCCAGGACCCGGACCUGGUUCUGAAGACCCAGACCUGGUCCGGGUUCCCUGGUUCUGUUGGACCACGCAGACCUGCGUUGUGAGGGGUCGCUGUGGCCCGGAGAAACGCAUCGGUGACCCGUCAGAACCCAGCCCAACGGGCCGGUCAGUGGUUCUGAGAGACGGUUCUGGUUCUCCAGAACUCCUCCCGGUACCGGCCGGUACCAGCAGGCGGCGUCACGGACCAGCGGUUCUUCUGCAGCCGCUUCACUUUGGACCGACUCACUGUGUUGGACCGACCCGGAAGUUCCAGUUACUUUAGUGUAGAAUCAGAACCGGUUGUGUUUGUGUUUCGGGUUUUAAGCUGCGCCGGAACCGGGUUUCAGGGGGGAGAACCGGGACUUGGGGGGGGAGA